AUUCCUAGAUUUUACUGCACGUUUCCAGUACAUGGAGAUCACAUGGGCUGUGGUUUAUAUGUACAUUGUACACAGUAUAAUACUUUCACGCCUCAAUACGUCAGGUAGUACAAUACCAUACCACAACACACCCCCAUCGAAAGAUUUUCAACAAGGCAUUCAAAUCAAGCGAAGGACGUGGAACAGGCUACCAGCCAAAGAAUCAACAGUGCUAUCUGCUACUUAUUGCGACAAUGGCUCUUUUAUAUUGAGUUAGUAAACUAUCUAGAUCGGCAAAGGCGAAGUCUUUCGUUUUAACUUCGACGCUAGGGUAUACAAAAAAACAAGCCAAGACUUGUUGAAAAUAUCUCUAGCUACACCAUAUGGGAGACAUAUUGGUCUCAAUUAACUGGCCGGAGGACGAACAAGGAACCAGGGAAGGCAGUCCGUUGCUCUCAUUCCAAAGGACGCACGCUAGACGGGUAUCUUACGGAAGCUACCUACCGCGCUAUUCUCUGGACCAAGGCUAUCUUCAGAGGCUCUUAUCUUCCAGCCUUCCUCCUACCUUGCCCUCAUCUACAACACCUACUCCCGUUUGCGAAGAACCAGCAACAAAGGGUUCUCGAGAGUUUGCUCGCCCCUUUUAUAGUCGCCCAUCAGAGGAGGCAGUGCAAAGGAAGAAAGAGGCGGGACUUCCUGAGGAAGCAACACCUCUUCGCCCUCAAACUUUGCAAUUCAAGCAUUCUUCAAGUUGCUCGGCAGGAGCUUCUUUGCUCAAAGAAGAAGAGGAGGCCAAGCCACUUUUAUCGCCAAAAGAGACAAAGCUAGAAGUCCCUCCUUCAUUAAGAAGGCACUGUCAUCACGAUUCACUCAUAGAUUCACCAUCUCCAGUGUUUGACAGUGAGGCACUAGUAUUUGAAUGCGAGAGGCAGCUCAUUGGACUCCUGGAUUACAUAGAGACUCACCUCAAACAAGUAAAUGAUGAUCUGAUCCAACAGCAGCACAGAUUGAGUAUGAAUGUCCACGAGAGUUUAGUUCCUAUAUCAAGUAUCAAUACUGGCGAGGAUCCUGAAGAUAAAUCAAGCCUCAAAUCAGGAAGCAGUAACUCGCUGCCAUCCGACACGACUUCCAUAGGCGGAGACUCUGGAAUCGAAGAUGAUCACUUAACCACGCCUAAAGGUUUUUUGUCUCGGAUGAAAGAAGUCGUAGAGUCUUUAGUGAAUAGCUUGAACACCACCGUCAAACAACUUGAUGAGAUGGUAGGCAUGUAUGAUGAGCGUUCUAAUGGAAACUUGGGUCGUUCAACGCUCUCACGUCACCUUGAGAGAAGGAACUCGCUUCAAAAGCAACUGAAGGAUUCUUUGAAGAAGAUCGACAAGGAACUGGAUGAUUUUUACGAGAAAGAACGCAACAGUGUCAAGAUAACGUCAGCACUGAACCAGGCCAAGAAAGAGAGCCUUGGCUGUACCGGUUUCCUUACUCUCAUUCUUUUACUAUCAACUAUUGGAAUAAUGUCCUUUUUGGGAGGUUAUUACCCCAAUCAGAGGUGGGUUGUUGUACUCAGACUUAUCAGAAGUCCAUUGAUUAUAAAUCUGUUCCUAUUCCUCAUUGGAUUCAACAUACUAGCCUGGUCAAGGCAUAACAUUGAUUAUGUUAGGAUUUUUGACUUUCCUCUUGAUGCAAUUCCUACUCCUCGCCUGAUAUUUAACAUAGCGGGUAUUUUUACUAUUCUUUUCUCUCUCCUCUCUUCUGUCUGUUUCAUCACAAAUGAUGAUAGUUAUUUAUACAUAAUCGACAAAGUCGUUGCUACUCUCAUGUGGCUCACUCUCCUUCUUUUUCUCAUUAAUCCUUUCAAGGUUUUAUAUCGCAGUGGUCGUCUCUCUCUUAUCUUCGUUUUCGUGAGGAUCAUGAUGGCUCCUCUACCAGUUGUUAAAUUUGGCGACUUUUGGUUAGCUGAUCAGCUAAACAGCAUGGUGCCACUCUUACUGGAUGUGCAGUACUUCAUCUGUUACAGUAGCCUAUCAAUCUCCUGGACUGAUGAGCUUAAAUUGAAAUCCUGCACUAUGAGUCCUAUUGGCAUAAGAGCAAUCAUAUCGUGUCUGCCGGCACUUUGGAGGUUCUGGCAAACUAUACGCUGUUACCAGAAGACCCGUAAGGUCGCCCAUCUUAUUAACGCAGGGAAAUACUUUACUACUUUUCCCGUUGUCAUCUUUGCUUUUAUUUUCAGUAUCGAAGUCAAGUCUCGGAGCUGGAACAGUCUUACUUUUAGCCAAGUCGGUUGGAUUAUCAUAUUGUGGUGCAUAUCAUCCGUCAUUCACUCUCUCUACACCUUUUACUGGGACAUCAGGAUGGACUGGGGCCUCCUCUGCAUAUCAAAAGGGACGCUACUCCGUCCUACACUCUACUAUCCAAAGUUUGUCUACGUCUUUGCCAUCAUUUUCGAUUUCGUCAUUCGUUUCGCUUGUGCUAUCAAACUGACCCUAGCCAUUGUCUACCAUAAUGAUUCUGACGUCAUUUAUUUUGCUCUAAUUAUUGCGGAGCUGCUCAGGCGAUGGGUGUGGAAUUUUUUCCGUAUCGAGUAUGAGGAUAUACUCUCGAGAAGGCGACACAUGUACUGAAGCUUAUCAUAGGAGAAAAUGUUAUUUAAUAAUUAUUAUUAUCUUCCUCUCUCUUUUUUCCUCCCUCCUCUCUCUAAGUCUCCUUUUCCUCUCUCUUUCUGGACUAUAAUAAACCAAAAACAUACUCCAUUCAUUACAUAUUGAUAUUUUAUUUAUUGCACAAAAUUAAUAAUAAUUAUUAAACAGUUUCCAAUUAUGGUAACAUAAUAA